AUGGGGGCCCCCCUUACACCAGGACCCAGCCAUCGUGGGCCCCCUUACACCAGGACCCAGCCAUCGUGGGCCCCCCUUACACCAGCACCCAGCCAUCGUGGGCCCCCUUACACCAGGACCCAGCCAUCAUGGGCCCCCUUACACCAGCACCCAGCCAUCGUGGGCCCCUACACCGAGACACAGCAAUCAUGGGCCCCAUUACACCAGCACCCAGCCAUCGUGGGCCCCUUACACCAGGACCCAGCCAUCGUGGGCCCCCCUUACACCAGCACCCAGCCAUCGUGGGCCCCUUACACCAGCACCCAGCCAUCGUGGGCCCCCCUUACACCAGCACCCAGCCAUCGUGGGCCCCCCUUACACCAGCACCCAGCCAUCGUGGGCCCCUUACACCAGCACCCAGCCAUCGUGGGCCCCUUACACCAGCACCCAGCCAUCGUGGGCCCCCCUUUACACCAGGACCCAGCCAUCGUGGGCCCCCCUUACACCAGGACCCAGCCAUCGUGGGCCCCCCUUACACCAGCACCCAGCCAGCAUGGGCCCCUACACCGAGACACAGCCAACAAUGAGGAAGAAUGA